UCCGUGUUGGUGGGGCGAAGUGUCACGUCCUGCCCCGCCCGUCGGUGCUUUCAAGGCUCCGUAAAUGCCACAGAGGGAACUUUACUGACAAAAGUCCACAGACAUCAUGAACUCCUGAUAUGCACUAAGUCCAAUGGUCAACAUCGCCAGGCUGGUCUUUGGAUGUCCGCGGCGCCUCUCUUGCUCAAAGCAGCCAGUCUGCAUGAGGACUUCAAAGCCGAGCGAGUGUGUGGCGGCCAACUGCGCGUGUUGAUUUAAAAACAGAAAAAAAAAGAAAAAAGUUAGGCCGAGGGGACCGCAGGCAUGUCUGAACCGAGAAGAUUUGUGAGUCCGUUUCACCGACCGCAGUUUUUAGCUGCUGCAGCUCCGGCGGGGAAAGCCAAACUAACGCACCCGGGCAAGGCUAUUCUGGCAGGCGGGAUUGCAGGAGGCAUUGAGAUCUGCAUCACCUUCCCAACAGAGUAUGUAAAAACACAGCUGCAGCUCGACGAGAAAGCCAACCCUCCCAAAUACAGAGGAAUCGUGGACUGUGUGAAGCAGACGGUGAACGGCCAUGGGGUGAAGGGGCUGUACAGAGGCCUGAGCUCGCUGCUCUACGGCUCUGUACCCAAAGCAGCUGUCAGGUUCGGGAUGUUUGAAUUCCUCAGUAAUAAAAUGCGAGACGAGAGCGGCAAACUAGACAGCAAACGAGGAUUCCUCUGCGGUCUUGGAGCCGGAGUCGCCGAGGCCGUGAUGGUAGUCUGUCCAAUGGAGACUGUUAAGGUUAAAUUCAUCCAUGAUCAAACAUCAGCUAACCCAAAGUAUAGAGGAUUUUUUCACGGGGUGAGGGAGAUUGUAAGGACCCAAGGACUAAAGGGGACCUAUCAGGGACUCACUGCCACUGUGCUGAAACAGGGCUCCAAUCAGGCCAUCCGCUUCUACGUCAUGACCUCACUGAGAAACUGGUACAAAGGUGAUGACCCCAACAAAGAAGUCAUCAACCCCCUCAUCACCGGGCUGUUUGGAGCUUUCGCCGGAGCCGCCAGUGUCUUUGGAAACACUCCACUGGAUGUGAUUAAGACCAGGAUGCAGGGACUCGACGCCCACAAGUACAAAAGCACAGUGGACUGUGCCGUUCAAAUCAUGAAGCAUGAAGGGCCAAUGGCGUUCUACAAAGGUACCAUUCCUCGUCUGGGUCGGGUGUGUAUGGAUGUCGCCAUUGUCUUCAUCAUCUAUGAGGAAGUUGUCAAGUUCUUGAACAUUGUGUGGAAGAAUAACUAAUCCGGACGCCCGCUUACUGCACUACCUGGAGCGCUCAAACAGUUACUAAAACAGGCUAAAAAUCCCAUCUUCUUAAAUCGGGUCUUCUCGGUCCUAACGUCUACCUCCAAGUAUUUUCAGGUAGAAAUCAGAAACGGGUUGGUUUAGUACUUCAUUCUUUGUUUCUUACAGCACAGCAGCACAGAAGCAGUGCAAGCAUUACCACCUGCGUUACCACAUACAACUAAUGGUACCUUAGAGAUGCAGAAAUGCUGCUCACGUUUGCUCUUUCCUCCCGCCUCUCUCAAAUUUCCUGAUGGGGGAAUUUUCCUUAAGAGCCAAGUGAAAAGCAGCCAGUAGAUCUGCUCUACUAAAAGAGAUGUUAGUGCCUGUCAGCACAAAGUAAUGCUGUGUUCACUUGAUACAAAGCUAACAGCCAGCUCCUUAUAAUGUGAUUUAAACACUAGAGGAAAAAAUAUAUACUUGAAGAAAAAAAAAAAACAA